AUCUCCAGUGUCAAACUUGACAUCAGCCUGCGAGCGGAGCAUGGUAACUUCUCCAGCAAUCAGAGCGCUCCCCCUCACAUCAGUGGCAUGCUUCCUGGAGAUAUGCUCCUCUCACUGCCCUCUGCACCAGCAACAUGGAUUGUCACCUCUCCAUCCUCCUCCUGCUCAGCGCCUCUGUUCUCCACUGCUUCGGGGAACUGACUCCGCAGCCUCCCAAUGAAGUCAAUCUACUGGAUUCAAAAACAAUUCAAGGGGAGCUGGGUUGGAUCUCUUAUCCAUCACAUGGGUGGGAAGAGAUCAGUGGUGUUGAUGAACAUUACACACCCAUCAGGACUUAUCAGGUGUGCAAUGUCAUGGAUCACAGUCAAAAUAACUGGCUGAGGACAAACUGGGUCCCCAGGAACUCAGCUCAGAAGAUUUACGUGGAGCUCAAAUUCACAUUACGGGACUGCAAUAGCAUCCCAUUGGUUUUGGGAACUUGCAAGGAGACUUUCAACCUGUACUACAUGGAGUCUGACGAUGAUCACGGGGUCAAGUUCCGGGAGCAUCAGUUUACCAAGAUUGACACCAUUGCCGCCGAUGAAAGUUUCACUCAAAUGGACCUUGGGGACCGCAUUCUGAAACUCAACACGGAGAUUAGAGAAGUGGGUCCUGUCAACAAGAAGGGAUUUUACUUGGCUUUUCAAGAUGUUGGUGCUUGUGUCGCCUUGGUGUCUGUGAGAGUGUACUUCAAAAAGUGCCCAUUCACAGUGAAGAAUCUGGCGAUGUUUCCAGACACAGUGCCCAUGGACUCCCAGUCCCUGGUGGAGGUGAGGGGCUCUUGUGUCAACAAUUCGAAGGAGGAAGAUCCUCCCAGGAUGUACUGUAGUACGGAAGGCGAAUGGCUUGUACCCAUAGGCAAGUGCUCCUGCAAUGCUGGCUAUGAAGAAGGAGGCUUCAGCUGCCAAGCUUGUCGACCAGGCUUCUACAAGGCUUCAGACGGGAACUUGAAGUGCGCCAAGUGCCCACCUCAUAGUUCUACUCAUGAAGAUGGUUCAGUGAACUGCAGGUGUGAGAAUAAUUACUUCCGAGCAGACAAAGAUCCUCCAUCCAUGGCUUGUACCCGACCUCCAUCUGCACCAAGAAAUGUUAUCUCUAAUAUAAACGAGACCUCCGUUAUCCUGGACUGGAGUUGGCCCCUGGACACAGGAGGCCGGAAAGAUGUUACCUUCAACAUCAUAUGUAAAAAAUGUGGGUGGAAUGUAAAACAGUGUGAACCAUGCAGCCCAAAUGUCCGCUUCCUCCCUCGACAGUUUGGUCUCACCAACACCACUGUGACAGUGACAGACCUCCUGGCACACACUAACUACACCUUUGAGAUUGAUGCCAUUAAUGGAGUGUCAGAGCUGAGCUCUCCACCAAGACAAUUUGCUGCAGUGAGCAUCACAACUAAUCAGGCUGCACCAUCACCUGUCAUGACAAUUAAGAAAGAGCGAACAUCCAGAAAUAGCAUCUCUUUAUCCUGGCAAGAACCUGAACAUCCCAAUGGGAUCAUAUUGGACUACGAGGUCAAAUAUUAUGAAAAGCAGGAACAAGAGACAAGUUAUACCAUUUUGAGGGCAAGAGGCACAAAUGUUACCAUCAGUAGCCUCAAGCCUGACACUACGUAUGUUUUCCAAAUCCGAGCCCGAACAGCAGCUGGAUAUGGGACCAACAGCCGCAAGUUUGAGUUUGAAACUAGCCCAGACUCUUUUUCCAUCUCUGGUGAAAACAGCCAGGUGGUGAUGAUCGCCAUCUCAACGGCGGUAGCAAUUAUUCUCCUCACUGUCGUCAUCUAUGUUCUGAUUGGGAGGUUCUGUGGCUACAACAAGUCAAAGCACGGUGUAGAGGAGAAGAGGCUGCACUUUGGGAAUGGGCAUUUAAAGCUGCCGGGUCUCAGAACUUACGUGGAUCCACAUACUUAUGAAGACCCAACCCAAGCAGUACAUGAGUUUGCCAAGGAAUUGGAUGCCACCAACAUAUCCAUUGACAAAGUUGUUGGAGCAGGUGAAUUUGGAGAGGUAUGCAGUGGUCGCUUAAAACUCCCUUCGAAAAAAGAGAUUUCAGUGGCCAUCAAGACCCUGAAAGUGGGCUACACAGAAAAGCAGAGGAGGGACUUCUUGGGGGAAGCAAGCAUUAUGGGACAAUUUGACCAUCCCAAUAUCAUUCGACUGGAAGGAGUUGUUACUAAAAGUAAGCCAGUUAUGAUUGUCACAGAAUACAUGGAGAAUGGUUCUUUGGACAGUUUCUUACGGAAACAUGAUGCCCAGUUUACAGUUAUCCAGCUGGUGGGGAUGCUGCGAGGGAUAGCAUCUGGCAUGAAGUACCUCUCGGACAUGGGCUACGUUCACCGAGAUCUUGCCGCUCGGAACAUCUUAAUCAACAGCAACUUGGUCUGUAAGGUUUCUGAUUUUGGACUUUCACGUGUUCUGGAAGAUGACCCAGAAGCUGCUUAUACAACGCGGGGAGGCAAGAUCCCAAUCCGCUGGACGUCACCAGAAGCUAUAGCCUACCGCAAAUUCACAUCAGCCAGCGAUGUGUGGAGUUACGGGAUUGUUCUCUGGGAGGUGAUGUCUUAUGGAGAGAGACCAUACUGGGAGAUGUCCAAUCAGGACGUAAUUAAGGCUGUGGAUGAGGGCUAUCGCCUACCACCCCCCAUGGACUGCCCAGCUGCCUUGUAUCAGCUGAUGCUGGACUGCUGGCAGAAAGACAGAAACAACAGACCCAAGUUUGAGCAGAUUGUCAGCAUCCUGGACAAGCUCAUCCGGAAUCCCGGCAGCCUGAAGAUCAUCACCAGUGCGGCAGCAAGGCCAUCAAACCUCCUUCUGGACCAAAGCAAUGUCGACAUCACUACCUUCCGCACAACAGGUGACUGGCUUAAUGGUGUCCGGACAGCACACUGCAAGGAGAUCUUCACAGGCGUGGAGUACAGUUCUUGUGACACCAUAGCCAAGAUUUCCACAGAUGACAUGAAAAAGGUUGGUGUCACCGUGGUUGGGCCACAGAAGAAGAUCAUCAGUAGCAUAAAAGUUCUAGAAACACAAUCAAAGAAUGGUCCAGUUCCAGUGUAAAGCACCCAUUCUGGAAUGAAGUGGUGGCUGUAGAAGAUGUAGCAUCCCUCUUCAGAACACAGAUGAUAAUCCUGGAGAUGUUGGUGGAAGUUCCAAGUUCAAUGAGACACUCAGAUAUGAGUACAAAUGCCUUAAAAUCAAACUGAAAAACUCUUUAUUUUCCCUUAUCAUUUAGUGGAUGGGUUGAGGGGGGGAUUUUGCUUUGUAAUUGCUUUUUUUUAAAAAAAAUAGUUAAUGUGUUAAAUUAAAAUUCUUCAGCGCAAAAUAGUGAAGAACUAGCGUAGAGCCAUUGAUCCAAACUAUCAUCAAAACAAAACAAGGGAAAUACAAAAGGGACACAGUGGCUUUGUUUAUGAACAGCCACAAAAAAAAAGACUUGCGAUAUUUUUAUACAAAGAAGAAAUCUGCAACAAGUAUUUUGUUUCUUUAAAAGCAAGCAAAAUGGAGGAAUUUAUACCUCAAAUUAUCUGGCCAUAUUUACUACCUUAUCAUUUUAUUACUCUCUUUUAUCUGUUUAAAGCAUAUAGAGAUGACAUUUGUAAGUCUUUUAAGUAUUACACACUUUUUAAUUGUUAGUUUCCUUAAGAAUAUCAUGUAAAAAAUGUGUCUUAAUUUUUUAAAGUGCAUAUUUAUUUUCUUUUGAAUUGUUUUUUGUUGUUUUAUAUUUAUGCCUUGAAGGUUUAAUUUGGAUUUGUUACAGCCAAGUGCCAAAUGCUCUCGCAAAUUAUCAACACUAGAAAACAUGUUUACCUAGAUAAAAAACAAGUUUGAACUAUCUACAUUUAUGUUUUUUGAAAAAUUAAAUACUUUCCCUGUUUAUUUGCCUGUCAAAUCUCUCACAGUCUGAAUUAGCCCAUUCUUUGUUGUCUCUCCAUUUAUUAUAAAUUGUAUGCUUCUAAUUUAGUGUAAUAUAUUUGCUUAUAAGUAAUGGAUUUUUAAUCAGAUGACUUGUCUUUCCUGCUCUGGUGCUGAGAGACCACCAACUCCCCCAUUCAGGAAGGAGCCAUGGCAAAGCUCCUGAGAAUAAUGACACUGGAAAGAAUUGGAAUCCUCUGUAGAUUGUUGUGUUAGUUGAUAACACAGCAUGUAGGCCAAUGCAUGAGUCAAAAAAAAAAAACUUGCUCAUCGACUUUGAAAAGUCAGUUAACAUCUUCUUUAGUUAAAAUGGCUAAGCUGUUUAUAGAAAUGAGGACAGCUAAACUACCCAUUUAUAUCACUGUGGUUUAGGUUAGUUAAUUAAACAUUAUGAGCAUCAAUAUCAGGUAUCAUUAUCUUUAAGAGUCUUCCUCUUAAUGUGCCUACUGUAAAUUUGAUAUAUCACUUAACAGACUUGAACUUCUUUGCAUUUAUUGGACAUAUUACUUUCAAAAUAGCUUGUCAUCUAGCAAAUGGCUCGAAGUCUGUAGGCAUUGGAGGGAUGUUUAACUACAGGGAUUUAGACUUACUGUUACAUAAAGGCAAACUAUGAGCAUGUUCAUUAAUACUGGAAAUAAUGUUCUGGUGGAGCUCUAGCUACUAAUGUAUUCUGAAGCAAGAUCUUAGCUCUAUAUAUACUCUUUCUAAUGCUGAUAUGAUCAUGUCAUGAGUAUGAGAAAUGCAUAUGUCAAAAGAAUAGAAUGGAUGAAACAAUGCUGCAAUUUCUGUGUUCUUAUGCAAAAUGGAACACUAAUGAAAAACAGCUUGCAAUCACAGAUAAUAAUUCACAAGUGCUAACUGUUGUAGUGUUAGUGUAAUAAGGCAUAGAUUGUAUCCUUUCUAAUAUGAGAUUGUUUCUCAAAAUUUGGCAAUACUAUAGUCAGAUCAUGCUACUAGAAUUCUAUAUUGGAUAUAUAAUAAUUAUAUGAACUUUUAAGAAAGAUACAUGUGAUUAAUAAAUUAGUUGCAAAUUUCACUUCAGUCUGCUAGAAGCAGCUGGAAAAAAAAUUCUUUUUUCAAAUCAAGUACUUUGUGUUUUAGAAUGAGAUUGAAAUCUGGCUUCAAUCUUAUUCCCAGACUAGUGUUCCUUUCUUAGCUACUAUUCCAAGAAUAAUAAACAAAAUCUGUUCAUUCCAAAAACUAAUACAAAUUGAGGGUGUUGAAUUUAUUUCACUUAUUUUGGCUGUGGUUUUCAUUUGAACGUCGAGGCUGUAUACACAAUGCAUUGCUCUUCAUUGUUUCAGUAUUUUAUAUAUGACCUCUUAUAAAUUUACUUUAUACAAUUCUUACCAUGUAUAUAUGUAAACAACAGUGUACGAUUCUUAACUGUGGAGUAGAGGUACUAGAAUGCUUAUGGCCAUCUCAUUGUACAGGAAUUGCAUUGACUUUCAAUAAACGUGAACCCACAAUGCCUUCAUUAUGUUAUGUAACAUAUUACCUGUUUUGUAUCUUAAGUUUGAUUUACAUAUAUUAUUUAUUUCUGAUAACUCACUCUGUAUACUAAGGUUCACUUAAGCCAUCUAUAAACGUGAUAUGAUUGACAAUAUGUGUUAAACUUCCCUUUUCAAAACAUUACUCAUUUAGUUUAUGUUGUGCAAUGUAGAUGGCCUCUUACUAAUGUAAAAUGAUUUGUAGUGGAAACAUUUAUAUUUUUAUAAUAAACAUAAUGAAAAUAUUUUUACAGAUUGGAA